AGCAAAUCCCACGAGCGAACACACACCGCGAGAAACCGCGGCCAUCGCGCGACCCGCCCGUAACCUCUAAUCUGAGCUGGCCGUCGGAUUUCCUUGUUCGCUCUUGACCCUGCUCUGGCUGCACCUGCCUGGCUUGGACUUUUUAAAAGCUGCCUGCCUUACCUUUACCUAGGUGCAUGUACCUUAGGUAAACCGCAGACACGUCUCCCUCGCCAGCGGACGAACACGAGUUCCCUUCCGUUUCGAUCCAGCCUCUUGUUGCUCGAGCACACUCUUGCACACGCUCAGGUGUCCCUCCACCUCCCAAUCUGACCACCUCCCGCGGCGCAGCCCCGCGAGUUCGAACCAGAUGCCGCAGACACUCAGCACGAGGGAGGCCAACCUCUUUCGGACCGUCAUCCGCUACUAUGAGGAUAAACAGUACAAGCGCGGCCUGAAAGCCGCUGAGCAGAUCCUGAAGCGAAAUCCCAAGCAUGGGGACACCAUGUCAAUGAAGGCGUUGAUCCUCAACGCCCAGGGCAAGACCGAGGAGGCAUUUGCCCUCGCCAAGGAGGCGCUGACGAUUGACAUGAAGUCGUACAUAUGCUGGCAUGUCUACGGCAUCCUCUACCGGACCAACAAGAACUUCGACGAGGCCAUCAAGGCCUACAAGUUCGCCCUGAAGCUCGAGCCGGAUUCGCACCAGAUCCAGAGGGACCUGGCCGUGCUGCAGAUCCAGAUGCGCGACUACCAGGGCUACAUCCAGAGCAGACUUGCCAUGCUCAAGGCGAGACCACAGCUGCGCCAGAACUGGACCGCCCUCGCCAUUGCCUACCACCUUGACGGCAACCUUCGGCAGGCCGAGAACAUCCUCACCACCUACGAGAAAUCCGUUACGACCACUCCGCUGAGGACUGACUUCGAGAACUCGGAAGCGCUGCUCUACAAGAACACCAUCAUUGCCGAGAUGGGUGACAUCGAGCGGGCGCUGGAACAUCUGGAGACGGACUGCAAGAACUGCCUCGAUCGGCUGGCUGUGAUGGAGCUCCGGGCCCGCUACCUCGCGCAACUUGGCCGGAAACAGGAGGCCGCCAAGGCGUAUCGGGCUCUGCUGGAUAGGAAUCCGGAACAUCCAGAGUACUACAAGGGCCUGAUUAACUCUCUGGGCAUCCCCGCUGUAGCCGAGGCUGCCCAGAAGGCCGUCUACGACGAAGUUCCAGGGGACUUCUUCCGCUCGACCGCCAAAGAGUACUUGACUCUCAUGUUUGACAAGGGGGUUCCGUCGACGUUUGCCAACGUAAAGCAUCUGUACUCGGACGCGUCCAAGAAGGAUAUACUACCCGCCCUUGCCCGGGAAUAUCUGGAAGAGCUGCGCGGCGGCUCAGUCGCUCGGGACCAGGCGAACGGAGACAGCUCCAAGGGUGAAGGGGCGGCUCUUUACUUCUUGGCGCAACAUUACGAUUACUACCUGUCACGCGACCUCGCUAGGGCGAUGGAGUACGUUGAGAAGGCGAUCGAGUUGGAUCCCAAAAGUGUGGACUUCCACAUGACAAGAGCCAGGAUAUUCAAGCACCAGGGCGAGAUCGCAAGGGCUGCGGAAGCGAUGGACCACGCUCGCUCGCUCGACACCAAAGAUCGCUAUAUCAACUCCAAGGCUGCCAAGUAUCAGCUGCGGAACAACGAGAACGAGAAGGCCCUGGCGACAAUGGGCUUGUUCACCCGGGCAGAGACAGUCGGCGGUCCGCUUGCCGAUCUGGUGGACAUGCAGUGCGUCUGGUUCCUGACCGAGGAUGGCGAGGCAUGGCAACGACGGGGCAACCUAGGCCUGGCACUCAAGCGCUAUCACACCGUGUUCAACAUCUUCGACACCUGGCAGGAGGACCAGUUUGACUUCCACAGCUUCUCCCUGCGGAAGGGCCAGAUCCGCGCGUAUAUCGACCUGAUUCGCUGGGAGGACCGGCUGCGCGAACAUCCCUUCUACUUCCGGGCCGCCCUCAAUGCCGUGAACCUCUACCUAUCGAUGCACGACAAGCCCCAGAACGGCACCAACGGCGUUGAGGCAGGCCAAGCGAACGGCGAGGACGCCGCGGAGCGAAAGAAGGCGGCCAAGAAGGCCAAGAAGGAGGCGCAAAAGGCGGAGCGCGAGGCUGCCGAGAAGGCUGCCAAACAGGAUCCGAACAAAGCCGGCGCCCAGAAGGGCAAGGACGGCGAGGAGGCGAAGAAGAAAGACGAGGACCCGAACGGAGUGAAGUUGGCGGCGACUACGGAUCCACUCGGCGACGCCAUGAAGUUCUUGUGGCCCUUGCUCCAGUUCAGCCCCAGGAACAUUGAGGGCCAGUUUGCUGGAUUUGAAGUCUUCGUCCGCAGGAAGAAAUACCUUUUGGCCUUGCGGUGCUUGAAGGCAGCGGUGGCUAUCGACAGAGGCCACACCCGGGUCCUGGAGCAGGCGGCCAGGUUGCGAAAGGUCCUGGACGGUGCGAUGGAUUCGUUGGCUCCCAAGGUCAAGGGGGUCAUCGAGACGGAGCUCGCUGAGGUCCCCGGGGCUUAGAUAGCCACGGGACCCCCCUCGCUUCUCAGCAGCUCGAUUAUUGGACAGGGCAAUAGCUGGGAACAUGGCGAUUAUCGUUGGCGCCAGCGAGUGACCGAGCUCUCGGUCCUGCAUCGGCCGCGGUCUCUUUUUCCGGCCGUUCCUCGGUAUUAAAGGGACUAGCGGAGACGGCGUGUCCGCAUCAGGUUGACAUAUAGAAACAAAAGACGGUGAUAUUGUAUGAACAGUACAGUCACGUAGACCGGGUGCAUGGACGGGUGUGGUUGGUCGAGUGGGAAGAAAAAGGGCUCCGGGUCUUGUGUUUCUGUUGCUUGCCCAAAUAUGUGCUCGCGCUCAGCUACCAAGCUUGAGACAACGAGAAUAUCGUGAUC